UCGUUGCUAGGGACGUUCCGUCUUUCUCCGUCUGAAUUCACAUAAUGCAAAUCUCUGCUAUUGAUCUUAAUCCGACCACCGACGAUGAACAGGAGCGCAUCUCCCGGCGAGUGCGACGGCUCUCCUUGCACCUUACACCUGUUGUAGCUCGUCCUCUUCCUCUCGACGACAACCGGCAGCUGCAGAUGCUAACGUGUGCCAGGGCAAAGAUUAACGUCAGCAAGGAUCUUCUCUCCGAUUACAUGAGGGGGAAAUACAGAGAUAUCCAAGAAAAGGUCUACGAGUAUUUCAAUUCUCGACCCGAUCUCCAGACGCCGGUGGAGAUCUCCAUGGACGAACAUAGGGAGCUCUGUAUGCGACAGCUUCUCGGUUUGGCUAGGGAAGCCGGGAUCAGACCUUUUAGAUAUGUCGUCGAAGAUCCUGCAAAGUAUUUUGCAAUCGUUGAAGCUGUUGGAAGCAUCGACACGUCGUUUGGCGUUAAGUUGGGAGUCCAGUACAGUCUUUGGGGAGGCUCUGUUCUCAACUUGGGAACCCAAAAGCAUAAAGAUAAGUACUUCGAUGGGAUUGACAAUGUGGAGUAUCCGGGGUGUUUUGCAAUGACAGAACUCCACCAUGGUUCAAAUGUUCAAGGCCUCCAAACAGUGGCUACCUUUGAUCCAAUGACAGAUGAAUUCAUAAUAGACACACCCAAUGACGGAGCCAUCAAAUGGUGGAUUGGCAAUGCUGCUGUUCAUGGGAAGUUUGCAACAGUUUUUGCGAAGUUGAUGUUACCUACUUAUGAUGAGAAAGGGGUUUCUGAUAUGGGCGUCCAUGCUUUUAUUGUUCCAAUAAGGGAUUUGAAUACACACCAGACACUUCCAGGGAUUGAGAUACAUGAUUGUGGCCACAAGAUUGGCCUGAACGGAGUUGAUAAUGGGGCUUUAAGAUUUCGUUCUGUGAGGAUUCCUAGGGAUAAUCUACUUAAUCGAUUUGGAGAUGUCUCCCGUGAUGGGAAAUACACGAGUAGCCUUCCGUCAAUCAAUAAAAGAUUUGCUGCCAUGCUUGGAGAACUUGUUGGUGGAAGAGUAGGCCUUGCAUAUUCUUCAGUUGGUAUCCUCAAGAUUUCUGUAACAAUUGCUGUCCGUUAUUCUCUGCUCCGUCAGCAGUUUGGUCCUCCCAAGCAGGCUGAGAUCAGCAUUCUAGAUUACCAGUCUCAUCAGCACAAGCUCAUGCCAAUGCUGGCUUCAACCUAUGCUUUCCACUUUGCGACUCUGCAUUUGUUAGAGCAAUAUUCUGAGAUGAAGAAGUCUCAUGAUGAAAAUGUGGCUGGAGAUGUCCAUGCCCUGUCUGCAGGCCUUAAGGCUUAUGUAACAUCCUAUACAGCCAAGUCCUUGAGCAUCUGCCGGGAAGCAUGUGGAGGCCAUGGUUAUGCUGCUGUCAAUCGCUUUGGUAGCCUGCGGAAUGACCAUGAUGUAUUCCAGACAUUUGAAGGGGACAACACUGUGCUUCUGCAACAGGUAGCAGCUGACCUUUUGAAGCAGUACAAGGAGAAAUUUCAAGGUGGGACACUGGCUGUUACAUGGAACUACUUGAGAGAUUCCAUGGCUACAUAUCUUUCCCAGCCAAACCCAGUGACUGCUCGGUGGGAAGGUGAAGACCAUUUACGAGACCCCAGCUUCCAGCUAGAUGCCUUCAGGUACCGAACAUCUAGGUUGCUUCAUAGUGUUGCGCUGCGCCUCAGGAAGCACAGUAAGACUCUUGGAGGCUUUGGUGCUUGGAAUAGAUGCUUGAAUCAUCUUCUGACACUUGCAGAAUCCCAUAUUGAAUCAGUCAUCCUUGCAAAAUUUAUUGAAUCUGUGCAGAGCUGUCCUGAAGGGAACACACGUGCAGCUCUGAAGCUUGUCUGUGACCUCUAUGCCCUGGAUCGAAUUUGGAAAGAUAUUGGGACCUACCGUAAUGUGGAUUAUGUGGCCCCCAAUAAAGCUAAGGCUAUCCACAAGCUGACAGAAUAUCUGAGUUUUCAAGUGAGAAAUAUCGCCAGGGAACUUGUAGAUGGAUUUGAUCUUCCAGAUUAUGUCACAAGGGCCCCCAUUGCCAUGCAAUCAGAACCAUAUGCUCAGUACACACAAUAUGUUGGAUUUUGACUUUAAUAUUUGUGAAGCAGGUUAAGAUGGGCAUGUUAGGAACAAGCCCUAAUAUGGGAAUAUUGGAAUGAUGGGUGAUGCCCACUGAUUUCUCUGGUCUGGAAAAUUAAUGAAUUCGAAGCUCUGUAAGAUCAGCAGAGUGGUAUGCCCAUGAUUGGAGAAUAAAAAUAUAAACAACCAUUUAACAGG